AUGGAAAAUCAGGACGAGCUUGAGCAUCCCCUUUUGGGGGACAGCCCAAAACACACUGGCACAGACACCCCAAGUACUGGUGGAGUGUUCAAGGGCAUUUUGGUGAGGUGUGAUGAGGAAAAGAAGAUACCCCCUCUGGCCUGGAGGAGUUACUGCACAUCGACAGACAUCCACCAGCAGCAGCUCCUGGACCCCUGCUCUUUACCCAGCACUCUGGAGUCCCUAUACCCCCCAGCUCCGGUGUGGGGACCUGCAGACUCCCUGGGUUUCCACAACAAAGACUACCUGGAGACCACGUUUGUGGACAUCGGCCCUGGCUCACCUCUGGAGAGGAAGCUGUUGGCGGAGACCAGGGAUGUCCACAGUGUGUCCUACAGCAUGGAAGAUGAGGACGACCUGCUGCCAGACUUUGAGGACUCCUCCAGUGAUGACUUCAGCGAUACAGACAGUGAGAGUAACUUUCCCCUCAUGAUCCCUCAGGAUUACCUGGGCCUGGCUUUCUUCUCCAUGCUCUGCUGUUUCUGGCCCCUGGGAAUUGCCGCAUUCUACCUGUCCCAGAAGACUAACAAGGCGUCAGCGCAAGGUGACUUCCAGGGGGCCAGCACUGCCUCUCGCCAGGCACUUUGGCUCUCCAUCCUCUCUAUCAUCUUCGGCAUCAUCACCUACAUCUGCGCCAUUGCCGCUCUUAUCUCCUAUCUGUCGGGCAAACCGCCUUAA